UCCACCGUCGUCACUCUUCUGCAACUAUUACGCGCUCUUUUAGAGCGUGACAGAGGGAGAAGGAGGGGUCAUCUUUUCCCCUACCACCAUGAAUCCCACCCCUUUUCUGCUCUUCCUCCUGCUGCUCGGAACCUCCACAAUCAGCAGCGUGGCCGCGUUGGGGUUUAAAUGCAGCGGCACCGCUACGAAAUGCCAAGCCUUGGUGGGAUACACCCCAAAGAAUGCGUCGACUCUCUCCGCCAUCGCCUCCCUCUUCGGCCUCAAGUCCCACUCCUCCCUCCUGGGGCCCAACGCCCUCCCGCUCAACACCUCCAAGCACCACAAGAUCACCGCCGGCCAGGCGGUCCGUGUCCCCAUCAGCUGCAGCUGCGGCAAUGGCAGGGGCUACUCCGACCGUUCUCCGGUGUACGUCGUGAAGCACGGGGAUUUCCUCGACCAUAUUGCGAGGGACGUGUUCUCCGAGCUCCUGAAUUACAGCUCCAUCGCGACUGUCAAUAACAUCCCCGACCCCAACCAGAUUCAAGGGGGGCAAAAGCUGUGGAUCCCGCUCCCUUGCAGCUGCGACCAAGGGGAAACCUUUCCGAUUGAACACUACGCCCACGUUGUGGCGAAGGGCACGGACCUGACUGGAAUCGCCGCCCAGUUCGGGACUACCCAGGCAAAGCUCAUGACUCUCAACGACAUCUCCGACGCCACCACCCUCCAGGCAGGCCAGGUGCUCGACGUGCCCCUCCGAGUUUGCUCUUCUGCAAUCCAGAACACGUCGUUGGACAGUUCUUUGGCAGUGGCUAAUGGCAGCUAUGCUUUUACUGCUAAGAACUGCGUCCUGUGCAAAUGCAGCAGCGCCUCCUGGCAAUUAGAUUGUGCGCCCAAUACCUUAGGCAACUUAACCUGCCCUUCCAUGGAGUGCAGCAGCACGGGCAUGACCAUGGGGAACCGGUCUACCGUCACCUCCUGUCAAGAAAAUGUGUGCUCUUAUGCUGGUUACACAAAUAACAAUACCAUCCUGACCACCAUGAUCUCCCAAUCAACUUGCCCUGUUUCACCUGCUUCGUCUCCAAGCGAGAGUUCUCCUGCAAGCGCAGUCAUGGGCCGCGUAAAAGGAGCGAGAUGGGGUUGGCCAUUGAUGUUGGGGUUGCUUGCUUCUGUACUGCUGAUCCAUGCAUGAGGUCUAGCUUUUUCUCUUAACGGAAGUGCUCAAAUGGAAGUGCACCCAAUCGGAUCCACCGUGAUUCCCUCAUCCUGUUGUGUCGCCUUCUUGUCAUUUAUUUAUUUUUCCUUCUUUGAUCAUUUGUGGUCUUGCUGUAUAAUGUGACCAAGAAAUUCGGAGCUGCGUAUUGGUAAAACCUUGUUUUGAACUUUUUGAAUGUCAUUUUCCUUUUCUGCA